AUGGUAUUGACAAGUACGGAAGAUUUGCUCGCAUAUACUUCUCCACCAAGCAGUUUAAUAUGGCUCUCAACGUUAAUUCCUGCACCUAUUGUGACCUUUGCUAUCCCCUACGUAUUUGAUCGACUUCCUCCACUAGUGUUCGUUCUGGCCCUCUUCCCACUUGCUGCAGGAGGUCUGGGUUGUCUUUUCAUCUCUGUAAGUCCCAUUUGGUUGAAAUACCUGGGUAUUGCUCUUCUUGGUGUAUUAGAUAAUACAGCGGGAGCAACGGGAGUCUGCUUGACUGGUUACUUUGAGAACAGCACAACGAAAGCGUUCUUCAUGGGAUCUGGAUUUGGCUAUAUCUUUGGUCCAAUCUAUUACACAGCAAUGACCAGCUGGUUUCAUGUUUCUUACAAGAUUGCUAUUCCUAUCAUUGUCAUAAUGCAGCCCAUUGUCUUCCUCGUAUGUUAUUCGUUACUGGAAAACCGACGACAAAAUGUACGAAUGGGCUACCGAGCGAUCACCGAAGGUCAACCGAGCACAAACAGCGAUGGCGAAACCAUAACGGACAAGUAUUUGACAACAAGAGAAAAGUUUUACCAUUCUCUCCAAAUUCUGCCACAGUUAAUUCAACUAAUAAUCGCAGACAUUUUAUUCAGUAUGACAUCAACCGGAGUUGUGACCUCGCUGGCUUUCAAUAAUUCUCCAUUUCCCAGUUCAGAUCACUACAAGUACUAUUCCAUAAUGGCCUUUGCUGGUGUUUUCGUCGGGCGUUCGUAUCUUGGAUGGGCAGAUAUUGUCAAGCCGGGUCUUGCAGAUAAGAUUCUCAUACGUCGCACAUGGAUUCUGGUGAUAAUUUCUGUUUGUCAUGUGGUAAUCUUGGUUCUUGCGUCAUGGUAUGGGUUCUUGCCAAACGUGUGGGUCCCAAUAGUUCUUGUGUUUACACUAGGUGUCUGCUGUGAUGGAACUUAUACCAAUAUAAGUGUAGUGGCUGGAGAAAUUGAAGAUCUAAGAGUCCGUGAACUAUAUAUGGGUUUGUUGACGUGUGGAGUGGGGAUCGGUUCUUUAUGUGGUACCAUACUAGCGUCGUUUGUAGAGAAUGUGCUGGUAAACCACUGUCUGGCCAACACAAAUGACACAUCGAUCUGUUUUACCAGAGAAAUUGAUCUUAGAAACAGCAAGCUCUACUGA